AUAGUUUUUUCUUAAUAAAUACUACAUAGAAAGAAGCUGAUCAUUGAAUUACAAUAAGAGAGUUUGAAAUGGCAAAAGAAGGUGAAGUAGUAGAGCAUCCUCAUAAGGCUUUUGGAUGGGCAGCUAGAGAUUCUUCUGGUUUUCUUUCCCCUUUCAAUUUCUCUAGAAGGGAAACAGGUGAAAAAGAUGUAGCAUUCAAGGUGUUGUAUUGUGGGAUAUGCCACUCUGACGUCCACAUGGCAAAGAAUGAAUGGGGCAAUUCCGUCUAUCCACUAGUUCCUGGGCAUGAACUUGUGGGUGUAGUAACAGAGGUAGGAAGCAAAGUAGAAAAGUUUAAAGUUGGAGACAAAGUAGGUGUAGGCUACAUAAUUGAUUCUUGUGGGUCCUGUCAAAAUUGUUCUGAAAAUCUUGAGAAUUAUUGUCCCAAACAUACAGUCACUUGUGGAUCCAAGUAUCGUGAUGGUUCCAUCACAUAUGGAGGUUACUCUGAUUCAAUGGUUGCAGAUCAACAUUUUGUGAUUCGAAUACCUCAUAACUUACCACUUGAAGCUGCUGCUCCACUCCUCUGUGCUGGAAUCACUGUUUAUAGUCCUCUUAGACAUUUUGGACUCGACAAACCUGGUUUGCAUAUUGGUGUUGUUGGUCUUGGUGGACUUGGUCACAUGGCUGUCAAGUUUGCCAAAGCUUUUGGUGCUUAUGUCACUGUCAUUAGUACUUCUCCAGACAAAGAAAAGGAAGCUAUACAACACUUAGGAGCUGAUUCAUUUCUCAUAAGUCGUGACCCAAAUCAAAUGCAGGCUGCAGUAGAUACUUUGGAUGGUAUUAUUGACACAGUUUCAGCGAGUCAUCCUCUGUUACCGCUUAUUAGUUUAUUGAAAUCUCAAGGAAAGCUUGUAAUGGUUGGCGCAGUAGCAAAGCCUCUAGAGCUUCCUAUAUUUUCUUUACUUACUGGGAGGAAGAUAGUUGCUGGAAGUUUAAUUGGAGGGAUAAAGGAAACUCAAGAAAUGAUUGAUUUUGCAGCAGAACAUAAUGUAAUGCCUGAGAUUGAGGUUGUUCCUAUUGAUUAUGUCAACACAGCAAUGGACCGUCUUGUUAAAGCUGAUGUCAAAUAUCGAUUCGUCAUUGAUAUUGGAAACUCGCUGAAACCGAGCUUAUAAACUUUUCUAGAAAAAUAUAUUUCAUACAAUGCUUCCUGGAGAACAAGUAAAAGAUUUCUAUCUUUAUUACUUCAAAAUUGUUGUGAUGUAAUAUUCUAAAGUAGAAAUAAUAAGUUUCAUGUGUAUUGAAAAAGUUAUUCA